ACAACAUUGGUGAUGCACUUGACAAAUCCCACCACAAAAACCACAGCUUUAUUCAGAUCCCACUUUCUUAAAAGAAAAAGCAGUUUCAUCCAAGUCAUCUUGAACCGUUAAAUCUUAAUCAAACGGCACACAACACGCGUGUGUACUUAUGUCACGUUGAAUCUGUGACACGCACUCACAUUCUCUCUCCUCUUCUUCUUCUCAGUUCUUUCUCUGCAACUCUCCGGUGGUCGCGAAACCCUCACCACCUCCAAAGCACCGUCGUAAUACUUUCGGGAUACAAUAUACAGUCCGUGGUUGGUACAUUAAUCCAUGAAUUAGACGCGGAGUAGCAUAGCCUUGUAAAUUGUUUCAAAUGGAUGUUCAUGUGAUAAAUGUUGAAGAAGAAAGUGAUCAUCAAGCUCAGUCAGAUGAUGGGUAUGCAGAACCCAGUGACAGUGAAAUUCAUAAUGCACAAAACCUGCAACCACGUAAGCAUUUUUCCAGUGUUGGAAGGACUAUGCCUGAAACUUAUCAGGGAGUUGGACUUGUUCCAAGUGGUGUCAUGUAUGUAUCCGUGGAUGGGAAUCACAAUUCUAAUCAGAAUACUUGUGCGGUGUUGAAUAUUCAAGCUACCACUGCCGCUGAACCAAGCCCCCCUGUUAAAAAUGACAAAUUUAUGAAUAUUUCUGCUCGGCCACCUUUUCAAAACAGGACAUUAGGGAAGGAUGCCCAUAAUCUGCUGGAGUAUUUUAAGAAAAUGCAGGGUGAGAACCCUGGGUUCUUCUAUGCUAUACAACUGGAUGAAGACAACCAUAUGUCUAAUGUCUUUUGGGCAGAUGCCCGAUCCAGGACAGCUUACAGUCAUUAUGGUGAUGCAGUUCAUCUGGACACCACAUGUCGAGUUAACCGGUACAAAGUGCCAUUUGCUCCUUUUACCGGUGUAAACAAUCAUGGUCAGGUGGUUUUGUUUGGUUGUGCACUCCUUUUAGAUGACUCCGAGGCUUCUUUUUUUUGGCUCUUUAAGACAUUUCUCACAGCAAUGAAUGAUCGACAGCCUGUCUCCAUAAUUACCGAUCAAGACACAGCCAUACAGGUGGCAGUUUCACAAGUUUUCCCACAAGCUCGCCACUGUAUUAACAAGUGGGAUGUCUUGAGGGAAGGCCAGGAAAAGUUGGCCCAUGUAUGUCUAGCACAUCCAAAAUUUCAGGGUGAACUUUAUACUUGUAUUAACCUGACGGAAACUAUUGAGGAGUUUGAGUCAUCUUGGAUUUCUAUCCUUGAUAAAUACAAACUUAGAAGAAAUGAUUGGCUUCAGUCUCUGUAUAAUGCUCGUGCUCAAUGGGUUCCAGCAUACUUCCGUGAUUCAUUUUUUGCUGCAAUAUCUCCUAAUCAGGGAUUUGGUGGUUCUUUUUUUGAUGGUUAUGUCGACCAAGAGAUGACAUUGCCAUUGUUCUUUAGGCAGUAUGAAAGAGCCUUAGAGAGCUGGAUAGAAAAGGAAACAGAAGCAGACUUUGAGACAAUUUGCACAACACCAGUUUUGAAGACACCUUCACCAAUGGAGAAACAGGCUGCUAACCUUUAUACAAGAAAAAUAUUUUUGAAGUUUCAGGAAGAGCUAGUUGAAACUUUUGUUUAUACUGCAAAUAUAACUGAAGGAGAUGAUGUAAAUAGCACAUUCAAGGUUGCAAAGUUUGAGGAUGUCGACAAGGCAUAUACUGUCGCAUUUAACCAUGCUGAAUUGAGAGCUAAUUGUAGUUGCCACAUGUUUGAGCAUUCGGGCAUUCUUUGCAGGCACAUUUUAACUGUUUUUACUGUGACAAAUGUACUUACAUUACCAUCUCAUUACAUCUUAAAACGGUGGACAACAAAUGCAAAAAGUAGUGCUGGAUCAGAUGAACGUACUGGUGAAUCACAUGGACAGAAGUCUCUGACAUCGAGGUACAGUAAUCUAUGUCGGGAAGCCAUCAGAUAUGCUGAAGAUGGGGCGGUAACUAUGGAAACUUAUAAUGCUGCUAUGACUGGUUUUAAAGAAGGUGAAAAGAAGGUUGCUGUGAUGAAAAGAAGUGCUGCCAAAGCUAAACCUCCAAAUAAUCAAGUCAGUGGGACUAAAAAUGACAAGAAAACUACCACCAGUUCAACUUUGGAUAUAACUCCUCUUUUGUGGCCCCGACAAGAUGAAUCAAGGAGGUUUAAUCUUAAUGAUUCUGGUGGUUCGGUUCAAUCAGCUGCUGACCUAAAUUUGCCACGAAUGGCCCCGGUGUCUGUUCAUAGAGAUGAUGGUCCAUCUGGAAACAUGGUGGUUCUUCCAUGCCUAAAAUCAAUGACAUGGGUAAUGGAGAACAAAAACUCAAGUCUAGGGAAUAAAGUAGCUGUUAUCAAUCUGAAGUUGCAAGAUUACAGUAGGAAUCCAUCAACAGAAUCUGAGGUUAAGUUUCAGCUCUCAAGAGUUUCUUUGGAACCAAUGCUGAAGUCUAUGGGCUACAUCAGUGAACAGCUCUCAAGGCCAGCAAAUAAGGUCGCUGUAGUAAACCUCAGGCUUCAAGACGCGGAUACAGCUUCCGGUGAGUCUGAAGUUAAGUUUCAAGUGUCCAGGGAUACAUUGGGUGCCAUGCUACGAUCAAUGGCCUAUAUCCGUGAGCAACUAUCUCAUGCUGGUGAUGUGCAAUCAGAACCUCUGUUGAAAAGGCAUAGAAAGUAAAGCAUCAAAUUUUCAUUCAUACUCAAGCGGGCGUGGCUGCUUUGCUUCUUAAUGGAAGUUCAAUGACCACUUGGUACAAAAAGCAGACAAAACUUAGAAGUUGUAGUGUUUUAGUGUGGUUAGCUUCUUUUUGUCCAAGUUUGUUCUCCGACACAUACACUAUGUCCUAGGCAGGAGCUUUAUUUUAGAUUUUUUCCCUUCAUCCUUCUUUAUGGUCCAACGCCCACCCCCCUUCAUCAAGUAAAGGUAAAUACUAAAUAUUGUGGGCGCUCUUUCCCCGCCCUCGCGACCAAAAAGCCCUUCUUAUUUUCUGAAUUAUGCAUCCGAACUGCACAAAUUGCUCAGAAGAACGCAUCUAGAUGGCAAAAAAUUUGGCAAUUUAUUUUUUGAAUGCAUUGAUGUUGGGGGGGGGUAGGAAAAGUAGUUUCCAAAUAGUGUGACAUGGGGGAAUAAUAGUUGUAGCAAAAAAACUAUGGUUGGUGACACAAUGAAUAUAUAAAUUGCAUUUAUGACAAGUUUCUUUAUACAUCUAUAUUGGGGGAAGAACAACCAUCACAAUGUGUGCCAUUUUGAA